AGUGCAGCCAUAUUAAUAUGACUCCCAAAGCCCGUCUAAAUUUAUUUUUAGGUAUAGUGGUAGUGUUUUUAUUUUUUUAUAUAUACGAUAGAAGCAGACCUUUCAAUUCGGUAGGGAAUUAUUCGUAUAUAAACAGAGAACUAGAUAUCCUCACAGAUCCGUUCACGUGCAACAACAUUCCAGAAAGGAAAUAUCUGGAACAACGGGGACUGUACUAUGUUCUGUUCAAUUUUGUUGUAGCACAGAGGAAUUUUGGAUGUUCUGAAACUAUUACAUUGACUGCUCCAGGUGAUUUUCAAUUUCUGGAGAAUUUAGUACCCCUUAUAAGAGUAUGGCAAGGUGCUGUAAGUAUUGGAGUAUAUGCCCCAGGAAAUGACUUCCAUAUGGCACUAGCAUCAAUAGCUUAUCUAAGAAAUUGUGAAGAAACACUAAUCAAGGAACUGGUUUCGUUCCAUUUGAUUUUUGACGUAGACCAUGUUCCAAAUUCACAGAACAAUACUCCUCUAAUAGAUUCCUACAUCGAUCAUUACGACUGUUCAAUCCCGCCACCUUGGGAAACAAUAAAACAAGAAGACACAUACAGACGCCAAAACAAAUUGUUCUAUCCUUUGAACGUGGCGCGCAACGUUGCCAAGUCGGCCGCCAGAACUUACGUGCUCUUUCCCAGCGACAUGGAAUUGUUCCCGCCCAGAAACUUCGUGGGAAACUUUCUGCAGUUCGCCAAGGAAAACUUGAAAUUAUUCCAAGAGAACUCGAAAAGUGUGUUUGUAUUGCCGAUCUUUGAGAUAGAGGAGGGACAGACAAUACCGGAAAACAAGACGACCUUGCAGGAGAUGUUGAAAAAUGGGAAGGCUAUAGUUUUUCAUAAAAAUAUUUGUUUGGAAUGUCACAAGGUUAUAGAUGGAGACAAGUGGAUAGAAGCUGCAGAAACUGAAGGUUUGAACUUAUUUUCUGUCGGUAAAAGACAGGGCGCUUACCAAUAUUGGGAACCGUUCUUUUUAUCCACCCAGAAAGAACAAUUUUGGGACGAGAGAUUUGUUUGGGAAGGUCAACGAGAUAAGCACGUACACGUAUACGCUUUCUGUUUAAUGGACUACGAUUUCGUGGUAUUAGACAACGCCUUCUUGGUUCACAAACCAGGAAUAAAGAAAGUGAAAGUCCAAGAUGAAAAGUACAGCGAUCAAGUGAAGAAGACCAAACAAAUUAUGAAGGGUAUUGAGACAGAAUUGCAGAAUAUCUAUGGUUAUAAUAAAAAAUGUAUAUUAUAACUUCUGGUACCCAAGUGACAUUUUCACGACUUGCGACCACAUGUUAACUAAACACAACGUUGGAUUAGUUACAAAAAAUAAUUAGCUCCGUACCUUAGGUAUUAAAAUAAAUGUCAACGUUGUUGUAACGUUGUGCCGACGUUGAACUAG